AGUAAACAUUGGCAGCCCUAAAAUUUGUCAUCUUGUUUUGAGUGUUUGUGUAUUUGGAUGAAUUUUUCUUGAACUCAUACGAAGACGAAGAAGAAUUUUCAUCAGGAUGUUCCGUUUAGCCGCAAAUCAAAUUGCUAAUGUAAUGCGUAGCUCUGUGAGCAGUGCUAGCCGUGUAAGUGCUGUACGUGCUUUGCACGGUCAUGAUAUUCCAGCUGAGGAAUUCGAUAAACGUUAUGAAGACUAUUUCAAUCGCUCUGAUAUCGAUGGUUGGGAAGUACGUAAGGGAAUGAAUGAUUUGUUGGGAAUGGAUUUGGUGCCCGCACCUAAAAUUGUGGAAGCAGGUUUAAAAGCUUGUCGGCGAGUUAAUGAUAUUGCUUUGGCCAUUAGGUGGCUAGAAGGAGUUAAAGACAAAUGCGGUGAUAAAACAGAUGAAAUCUAUCCGUAUAUUAUGGACUCUGUGCGCCCGACUUUAGCCGAAUUGGGGAUUCCAACACUUGAAGAAUUAAACUAUGAUAAACCAGAACUCGCUCUCAAAUCUGUAUAUGACAUGUAAACAACAA